AUGGUUUUAACCGUGCAUUUGUAUACCGAAUGGCAGGACAUAAUGUCCAGUUUGGGGACGAUAGCUGAUGCUCUGCCACUUCUAGUUUCCUUAGUAAUUGUUGCUUACUAUGCGAUAUAUCGCCGAAAUUUAUACGAGUUGCUGAAUUAUUUGGACAAAAACUUCAAGUAUCGUUCAGCUCGGGGGCUGACGAAUAUGACCAUGGAGCAGAGCUGUAUGACGGCGCGUCGAUUUGGGAGGAUCUAUACAGCUUGUACCAUGUUCAGUGUCACCAUGUAUGCUACGCUACCUGUUAUUGUUCAUUUGUGGACUAAAGAACCAAUUCAGAGCUGGAUCUAUAUGGAUGUAACUCAACCUCCUUUCUUCGAGUUUGUGUUCAUGUUGUCUUGUUUAGCGCAGAUGUAUGUUGGACUCGCUAUGGGCCAGUUUGGAGUAUUCUUCGCGUCAAAUUCGAUCCUGAUCUGCGGGCAGCUUGACUUGCUAUGUUGUAGCCUACGCAACGCGCGCUACACCGCGUUGUUGCAACAAGGCGUGAAACAUGCAGCGCUAGUUGCAUCGCAUUCUGAUAUACAAAGAGAUGAAGACCAUAAUUAUAUCUACAAUUUCUCUGAAAUCAAGGACUCGAUGUAUCAUUAUGAUGAGAGAGUGACACACAAUUAUGUUGAUGCUAAAACAAAUUUUGACAUCUACAGUCCAGAGUAUGAUGAUGCAACGAUGGAAGCGCUCCGGGACUGCGCGUCUUUGUGCCAGGUCGUGAACAAGUACAAGGAGAUGUUCGAGAGCUUCGUGUCACCGCUGCUGGCUCUAAGAGUCGUGCAGGUCACUCUCUAUCUCUGCACUCUUUUGUAUGCUGCUACCCUGCAAUUCGACAUGAUAACAGUGGAGUAUUUAGCGGCCGUGGCUUUGGACAUUUUUGUUUACUGUUAUUAUGGAAACCAAAUCAUUUUGCAGGCUGACCGCGUCUCGACAGCAGCUUACCAAAGCAUGUGGCAUACGAUGGGCAUCCGUCCUCGGAAGGUACUCCUCAACAUACUACUGGCUAACAGAAGACCAGUCGUUGUCAGAGCUGGCAAGUUUCUACCAAUGGACCUGCAUACCUUUGUCGUUAUUAUCAAGACCUCAUUUUCUUACUACACUCUUCUAGUUAAUGUCAAUGAAAAGUAG